AUGGCGAUACUAGACCACCAACGCUCGGUAGCCGACGAGAAGCAUGAACAAGUGCAGCGCGAAUACCUUGAGCAAGACGAAAGCCCGGAAACUAUCGAGAAUAAGAAAAAGGAGGAUGCGCUGAGGCGAAAGCUGGAUUGCUUUGUUGCACCAGUCAUGAUGAUGUUGAUGCUCAUCAGCUAUUUGGACCGUGGAAAUAUCGGGUUUGCUGCCACACAGGGUAUGACGACCGAUAUCGGAUUGAAGGGAAGCGAAUUGAACACUGCUGUAUCGGUAUUCUACAUCUUCUACAUCCUCGCAGAAUUUCCAACUUCGCUGCUCGUCAAACGGCUACAGUUCAACAGGGUUAUCCCCACGAUCACCUUCUGUUGGGGCGUUACAUGUCUUUGCACGGGCUUUGUGCAAAACUUCGCCGGUCUAGUCACCACGCGCAUCUUCCUAGGUUUCUUCGAAGGUUGCCUGUUUCCAUCAAUGACGUUGUUCUUGUGCAAUUGGUACACUAGAGAAGAGUUGGGUAUCCGAAUCGCGUAUCUCUUCAUAGCAUCAGCACUUUCGGGAGCCUUCGGUGGCCUCAUCGCAUUUGGCAUUCUCUAUAUGAACGGAGUGGCUGGGUGGUCGGGAUGGAGGUGGCUGUAUGUUAUAGAGGGUAUCAUCACUGUGAUAUGGGCAUUCUGUUGCAUCUUCCUCGUCCCGAAAUCCUUCGAGACUGCGUACUUCCUCAAUGACGACGAGAAGACACUUAUGCGCCAGCGCGCACAUCGCACACAAGCAUACUCUGACUCUGAGGGCUCUGGACACUAUGGGAAAGAUGAUAUCAAGGAAGCAGCGAAGGACAUCAAAAGCUGGGUACAUGGAGUAAUUCAGAUCGCGGUCGUGACCAUUCUGUACGGGUUUGGCACGUUCUUGCCCAUCAUCAUCAGGAAUGGGUUCAAUUUCUCUACGAAACAGGCGCAAUAUCUCGUCAUUCCCGUCAACAUCUGGGGAGCAAUCGUCUACGCUAUUGGCGCAUACCUAUCGGAUCGCUACCAGACACGGUUUCUACCAUUAAUUCUGAUGGCGCCUGUAGGCAUUGCGGGUUAUGCGAUUUUACUUUCUCCCGUUAGUCCUUACGUCCAAUACUUUGCCACCUACCUUAUCGCGACUGCUUGUUUCCUUUGCACCGGCGGAAAUAUCACCUGGCUAUCUGCAAACUGCGCACCCGAUGGCAAACGCGCCGCAUCUUUGGGUAUCCUGCUCACCCUUACCAAUAUCGGUGGUGUGGUAUCCGGCCAAAUCUACCAAAGCCACGCAGCUCCGAAGUAUACUCUAGGUCAUGCGUGGAGUUUAGGUUGUUUGGCAUUUGCUUGGUGCGGAUGGUGGAUUAUCAGGGCGAUAUACAAGAGGAGAGAGAAGAGGAAGGAUGUCAAACUUGCACAUGGAUAUAAUAUGCCUGCUGGACAGCAAUAUACGGAUCGCGAACCGGACUUUAGAUACCAGAUAUAG